AUGACAGCCCCCGUGAUGAUACCAACAAGUAAUGACUCGGGCGACAUUGAGCCUACCGGUGGCAGUCGGACAUACGCCAUCAUCGUGUGUGCAUUCGCGUCGCUUGGUGGCUUCUUCUUUGGCUAUGACCAAGGUGUGACUUCGGGUGUGUUAAUCAUGGACUCGUUUCUUAAUGACUACUGCGUCGGUUGGAACAACUUUACUUACGAAGAAUGCACUCACUCCACCUCGGAUCUUCCCGGUGAAUGGACUACGUUCACCGUAUGGUACAAUAUGGUCUACAACAUCGGCUGUCUCAUGGGUGCCCUGAUCGGCGGCUACGUCGCUGACCGCUUUGGUCGUCGCGCUACAAUUUUCAGCGCUGGCGUUCUAUUCUGCAUCGGCACAUCGUGGCUAUGCUUGAACCCCGCAAAGAACCAUAUGCUUACGUACGCCGCACGCGUCGUGCAGGGCCUUGGAGUCGGUAACUCGUCGUUCUCGCUGCCAUUGUUUGGAUCUGAGAUGGCCCCGAAAGAGCUUCGUGCUCGCUUGUCGGGCUUGAUGGUACUUCCUGUUACAUUCGGUCAGUGGCUUGCAAACCUGGUCAACAUCUUGGUGGAGAAUAACAUCCACGGCUGGCGUAUCAGUAAUGCAGUGGCGAUGGCUGCUCCUAUUAUCGUCAUGUGCGGUAUCUUCUGCGUGCCCGAGAGCCCUCGAUGGACCUAUCAACACAAGGGCAAAGAAAAGGCUGAGAAGGUUCUCAAGCGUCUACGCCAAACGGAAAACGUGCAGCGUGAGUUAGCAGCUAUCGGUGACCAGAUAGCAAAAGAAAGCAAUGAAGGUCCGGGACUACAGGAGCUCCUAGAGCCAUCCAUCCGCAAGCGCAUCAUUAUCGCCAUGGUAUUCCAGCUUGGUCAGCAGGCAACCGGAAUAAAUCCUAUCAUGACAUACGGCUCAAUGAUUUUCCAGGAUAUUACCGGCGCCGGUAUCUACGCGUCAUUACUGCUGAGUGGCGUUAAUUGCUUAAGCACCAUGCCAGGCCUGUUCAUGCUAGACAAGUUUGGCCGCCGCCAAAUGGCGCUUAUCGGAGCUUGUGGUAUGUGCAUUGGUCACCUCUUCGCUGCCGUUUUGUUCACUAUGAUCUGCGAAGGUGACGUGAAUGACGCUGGGUGUCCGCUACUUGGUGGUUGGUUCAUCUGCAUUGGAACGGCGUUCUUCGUCUGCAGCUAUGCCGUGUCGUGGGGUGCAGUGCCUUGGAUCUAUUGCUCCGAGAUCUUCCCCAUGAACGUGCGCGCGACGGCUGUGUCCUUUUCAACGGCUGCCAACUGGAUUGGCGGUGCACUCAUGACGGAGGUCGUGAAGUUGUUCCCAUACCUGAACAUUAACGGCGUCUUCUUUAUGUUUGCAGGACUCAGUAUGUGCUGCGGUAUCUUUGUGUACUACUUCUGCCCAGAGACCAAGGGCCUCUUGCUCGAGGACAUCGAAAAUUUGUUUAAGAAGCCGAGAGCUAAUACCAAGUCACCUGCCUAUGUCGACGCCAAGUCACCUGUGACUGCAGCGUAG